CAUAUCUCAAAAAACCACUUGCACACCAUCUGUUUGUUUAAAGUCCUCACUGAAAGUUCUCAUCUGGCUGGGGUCGUUAUUAGCUCUUAAAAGGGUGUAGUUUAUUAAUGUUUUCUGGCGUGGUGGUGACGUUGCAAAAAAGAGCCAUGCCAUUGGGUGUUACGUGGCAGCUAGAUGACGUGUCGUGUGAGUUGCUCUAAUCCAUUACUAUAAAGCUUGAGUGCUAGCUAGAGUGUAACAUUUGUAAAAGGUAGCAAAAAAAUCGAAGGCGGAGAUAGAUAAGUCAUAAAUCUCCACUUAUAUACAUUGUUGUAUGUAUGUAUAUGUAUAAUAUAGAAGCACAAUUAAGAGGGUGAGAGACAUAAAUAUAGACCAUGGAUGCAAAAGGAAGAGGUUUGGGGAGUUCAAUUUUGGUCCCUAGUGUACAAGAAUUAGCCAAGGAACGACUUGACAAGGUUCCGCCCCGAUACAUACGCCUUGAGGAUCCGCUUGUCGUAUCCUCGCUACCGUCUUCCUUGCCCGAGGUACCCAUAAUUGAUAUGGAGAAGUUAUCAUCUGAAUCUGAACUAGAAAAACUACACCUUGCUUGUAAAGAUUGGGGUUUCUUUCAGAUAAUAAAUCAUGGGGUGAGUGAGAUAUUGCUGGAGAAAGUGAAGGAAGAAACACAAGAAUUCUUCAAGUUGUCAUUGGAGGAAAAAAAGAAGUUUUGGCAAAAGGAAGAUGACGUGGAGGGAUUUGGACAAGCAUUUGUGGUGUCUGAGGACCAAAAGCUUGAUUGGGCUGACAUGUUCUUCUUGACUACCCUCCCUCAUCAUAUGAGAAAGUCACACUUGUUUCCAAAUCUACCCCUUCCAUUCAGAGACACUAUAGAAGCUUAUUCGGAAGCAGUUAAGGAUGCGGCUAUAAAAACUCUACUCUACAUUGCAAAAGCUUUGAAGAUGGAAACUAAAGACAUGAUGGAACUAUUCGAUGAAGGGUCAAUGCAGUCAAUGAGGAUGAACUACUACCCACCAUGUCCACAACCAGAGCAAGUAAUGGGUCUCACCCCUCAUUCUGAUGCUGUUGGGAUCACCUUUCUUCUCGAACUUAACGAUGUAGCAGGUCUCCAGAUAAAAAAGGAUGACAUUUGGAUCCCGGUUAAAGCACUUCCAAAUGCUUUUAUUUUAAAUAUUGGAGAGAUCAUCGAGAUACUAACAAAUGGACGGUAUAAAAGCAUUGAGCAUAGAGCAAUUGUCAACUCAGAGAAAGAGAGGUUGUCCAUAGCCACAUUUCUAAGCCCGAAUUUGGAUGGUGAGAUAGGACCAGCAGCAAGCCUAAUCACUCCUGAAACACCUCCAAAGUUUAAGAGGGUAACUGGUAUUGAUUUCUUCAGAAACCUAUUCUCCAGGGAACUCAAUAGUAAGACAAACCUUGAGCAAUACUAUAUAUAAUGUGGUUCAUUAAUGUGGUAUUCUACAUAUAUAUACACCAAGUAUGUCUUUGUACCUGUUGCUUGAUAAUAGAAAAUAAAGAUGCGUACAAUAACUUAUUGUUGAGGCUGGAUAUUAUACAACUGGACACAAGUGGAUUAUCUAAAAGAGAUCGACUGGUGGGGGUUAUAUACUUAUAUGGGAUAGUAUCAAAAAUGUUGUGGAAUGAAAACCGGUAGCUCGAUCUCUACUGGUGAGGUUUUACUCACGCCUCGGGUUACCUAUAAUUAACUAAAACUUUUGUUGUCCUUGGCUCCUUGGAGAAAAGAAUUUGGGUUGUGUAAUUGUUGUAUAUCGAUCUGGAUUUAUUUCUA